AUGGCCGACAAAUCAGCGUUUGUUCCAGUCGAUGCCAUUGGCAAUCACAAGAACACUGAUCUUGAUGUCGAUAUCGACGAUGAGCUUUUUGGGAAGAAGCCCCCAUCAUCCACUCCAGCUGCUUCAUCGUCUGCUUCCAAAAUCGCUGCUCCAGUGGUGACCAAACCAACUUCGCCAGCUGUCAAGUCUCCAGCGGCUCCGGUUCCAGCUCCACCUGCGAAAUACCAAUACAAGAAGUCAACGAAUUACACGAAGACAUAUGCCAAAUGA